AUCAUUAAUUUCUCUACAACUUAUUCUUUUCUCCAUCAAAGUUUACUGUCUUAUCAAAUGUAAUACAUCAUUGAACACACAAGCAAGCAUCUGAAUCUAUUGAAAGAACAGUUAUCAUGCCUUUUGGUUUGGUGUCAGCGUGGAACAAACGUCGGAGAAGCAAGUCUGAGGAUAUGCUAAAUCCUUGGAUAUAUAAACCAGUAGAAUAUUGGCAAAUCGAAGACCAGAAUCCACCUGCAGCAAAGAGACGCCAUGGGUCAUCAGUUUUCACACUCAAAGAAAUGGAGGAGGCAACAAAUUCUUUUAGUGAUGACAAUCUACUUGGAAAAGGAGGAUUCGGUCGAGUUUAUAAGGGCACACUGCGGUCUGGAGAGAUUGUAGCAAUCAAGAAAAUGGAUCUACCUUCAUUCAAGGAAGCAGAAGGCGAGCGUGAGUUUCGUGUGGAAGUCGAUAUUUUGAGCAGACUGGAUCAUCCUAAUCUGGUAUCACUAAUAGGCUAUUGUGCAGAUGGAAAGCACAGAUUUCUAGUCUAUGAGUAUAUGCACAAGGGGAACCUUCAAGAUCAUUUAAAUGGGAUUGCAGAGGUGAAGAUGGAUUGGCCCUUAAGGCUAAAGGUUGCUAUUGGGGCAGCAAGAGGACUUGCAUAUCUGCAUUCAAGUUCAGCUGUUGGAAUUCCUAUAAUUCAUAGGGACUUCAAAUCCACCAAUAUUCUUUUGAACACUAAUUAUGAUGCAAAGAUAUCAGAUUUUGGACUUGCAAAGUUGAUGCCAGAAGGGCAGCAAUCAUGCGUGACAUCUAGGGUACUUGGUACUUUCGGCUAUUUUGACCCUGAAUAUACACUGACCGGAAAACUCACUUUACAAAGUGAUGUUUAUGCAUUUGGUGUUGUUAUGCUGGAGCUUUUAACCGGACGCAGGGCUGUGGACCUCACCCUUGGACCAAGUGAUCAGAAUUUAGUACUACAGGUGAGACAUAUAUUGAAUGAUAAGAAGAAGCUGCGUAAGGUGAUUGACCCUGAGCUUAGUAGGAGCUCAUACACAAUGGAGUCUAUCACCAUGUUUGCUAACCUAGCAUCUCGCUGUGUGAGAACUGACAGUAGCGAAAGGCCCUCAAUGGUAGACUGCAUCAAAGAACUUCAGCUGAUCCUCCACACGAAUACGAAAGGGCUAAACAUGACUAUGCAUACAUUCAGAAUGAUCUGAGACCUUCUCCAUUGACAUGGAUGACACAAAAUCUGAUCAAUAUGCGCCAAGAAGGAUUUUUCCAAUUCAGAAGUUGCAAUAUCAGCUAAAAGUUUCAAGUGUACAUUGGAAAGAGCAAUGAGAAUGGUAGGAUAUAGUAAGUUGUCAAAGUAAUAAAAGAACACAACCCAGAUUCAAGCAGAACAUCUCGAGUUUUCUUAAUAAUUUAAUAAUCACCGGGACGAGUCUGAGUAAAACAAGGAGGUAUUAAAGAUUAGGAAGACAGUAUUCUCAUGAAUGUCUUCUAUUAUUUUCCUGGCAAGCCCACUUCUUCUCAAACACGUUAGUGCAGAGAUUUGAUUAUGUACACAUUUGUUUGCCAAUUAAUAGAAUCAAUGGUGAGAAUUUCUGGUCAAAUGAACUGAAUUUUAUCAGAAAAUUACUUGAGUUUCCUGUUAAAAUAUGUAGUUAUGUAUAACAUUCAUAAUGUUUCAUCCUCACA